AUGGAAGACAUUGACGGUUAUGUCGUCAGGUGGUGCGCGUUGGCGGUUCUGCUGGCGGUCGGUGUCGCCGUCUACCUCCUCCCUUCGCCCAUUGACCCGGAGCCGCAUGUACUGAAGGGGCCCCCGCCGGUUCUGGAGGGUCCGCUCGCCGUCAACACGCUGUUGCGGACGGGCCGCAGACUCUUUGAAGGAAAACUACGCGGACCAGAAUCCUUUGCUGCCGAUGAGGAAGGUAACGUGUACACGGGGACGGUGGACGGAAAGCUGUGGCGAAUCGGACCGGACGACAGCCUCGCGUUAAUUACGCAAAUGGGCGUGGACUCGCCCCUAUGCGGCAGCAGCACGGACCUGGAGCCGACGUGCGGGCGUCCCCACGGCGUGCGUCUGGAUCGCCACGGUGACCUGAUCGUGGCUGACGCCUACUUAGGACUGCACAGCGUGGAUCCCCGCACGGGACGCAAGACGCUGCUGGCGUCCAACUCACAAGGUGCCGGCGGCGUCCCCUUCGCCUUCCUGAACGGCCUGGAAAUCUCUUCCCGAACGGGUGUCAUCUACUUUACCGAUUCGUCCAGUCGUUGGGGGCGCAGACACGUCAAGUUGGAGGUCCUCGAGCUGAACCGGCUGGGUCGUCUGCUGUCUUACGAUCCGGAGACGGGUCGAGUCGACGUCCUGCUGGAUUCUCUUUACAUGCCCAACGGCAUCGCGUUGGACCCCGACGAGCAGUUCCUCCUGCUGGCCGAGACCAGCAUCGCGCGCAUUCUCAAAUUUUGGCUGCGAGGUCCGAAGGCGGGCACUAAGGAGAUCGUGACUGACAACAUGAUCGGUUACCCGGACAACAUCCGUCUGAGUUCGCGCGGGACUUUCCUGGUAGGCGUGACCACGCCGCGCUUACGUGCCUUCCUGCCGCCUUUCUUGGAUUGUUUGGCUCCGUACCCGGCCGUUAAGCGCUUUCUGGCCAAGGUGGUCCCGCUUCGGUGGUACGACGCGCUCCUGCCGCGUUACGCGAUGGUUCUGGAGCUGGACGGCGACGGGCGCACGCUGGGCUCCAUGCACGACCCCGAAGGCCGCCUGACGUGGGCCGUCAGCGACGUCUUCCAGCACGCCGGCCGCACCUUCCUGGGAAACACCGACCUGCCCUUCCUGCCCGUCGUCACCCUUCCGGCUUGA